UCAGGUGAAGUUCAGGACUGCGGGUUAGAUCCUUGUCGGGUUUCGGGUAAGGAGGAGGCUGUCUCGGUGAGGAAGCUCGCUGCUGGAGUCUGGAGGUCGGAGCUGCUGGAGACUGAGGUGGGGCCCGCUGCGAAGCCUAAUAUGAUCCAUCAACAACUGCCGCGCGGUUCAAAGCAUGGAUUUAACCCAAAAUACGACAUUCUACACAAGCAUCAAUCUUCUGCUGACCCUUCAAUGGAGAGGGCAACAAAAUGGGAUAGGAAAUGCUUGAAUCCAUCUACUGAGGUCUAUCAAUCAUUUGAUCACUUGAAGCUUCUUGUGGACCACCAAAUGAUCCAAGCCUCUUCUGUCGAAAACAAGCUCAAGGCCGAGCUAGAUUGGGCAAAGGCUCGUAUAUCCAAGCUCGAGUCCAAGAGACACUCUUCGAAGAAAAAGAUGGAACAUAUCUUGAAAAAACAUGCGAAAGAGAAGGCAACAUGGAGAAUUACAGAGCAUGAGAAGAUUCAAGCUGUCAUUGAUGGGAUGAAAGAUGAUUUGUGCUUUGAGAAGAAAAACCGAAGAAGGGCAGAGAUCCUAAAUUCCAAGUUGAUUGAUGAGCUCACCGAAGCCAAGAAGUCGGCAAAGAGAUUCUUUCAUGACUAUGAAAAGGAGAAAAAAGCACGAGAGCUCCUCGAGAAUGUUUGUGAUCAGUUAGCAAAGGAAGUUGGAGAAGAUAGGGAAGAAGUUGAAGAAUCGAAGAGGGAAUCUAUAAAAGCACGAGAAGAAUUAGAGGAAGAGAAAAAAAUGUUGCAAAUGGCCGAAGUAUGGCGAGAAGAGAGGGUUCAGAUGAAGCUAAUUGAUGCUAAAUUAGCUCUAGAAAACCAAUGUUCACAACUUAAAAUGCUUCAAAACGAACUAGAAUCCUUUUUGAGAUCAAGAAAUCGUAUUGACUUUGACGAUCCUGAGAUCAAAGAGGCAGAAUUGCUAAUUAAGGCAGUAGCUGAAUCUGUUAAGAUUCAAGAAAUGGAGGAGUUCAGAUACCAACCUCCACCGGCUUCAGAGGAUAUACUUUCUAUAUUUGAAGAUAUACAACAACGAGAAGAACCUAAAGACAGGGUAGUCGAGCAGUGUUCCUCUAAACUACAUACAGUUAGUCCUGCAACUGACAUUUUCUUAGCUAAGCCUACAAAUUUUAGUGCAGAAGAAGAUGAUAGUGAGUGGGAAACUUUGAGCCGUGGCGAUUUAGGCUCAAGCAAUUCUCUAGAAGGCAGCGACGAAACCAAUUGUGGGAUUAAUGAUCAACUUUGGCCAGCGUCCACUGACAAUGUCAAACAUUACAAAAAGACAUCAUCAGUUGAGGUUUCAAAAGAGAAGAUUUCAAAUGGGGGGGUGAACGAUAUAAACUUUAGUCCGUCAAAUUUAGAGCAAUGGAGCUCACCUGAAACGGUGAACCCUCAUGUGACAAAGGGGAUGAAGGGGUGUAUCGAAUGGCCACGGGGUGUUCAGAAGCAAAGCUUGAAGACUAAACUCAUGGAGGCGAGAUUCGAUAGCAGCAAGGUUCAGAUUCGCCAUGUCCUCAAACAGAAAAUUUAGCAUCAAAGCUGAAGCCCUGAAUUCUUACUGGAUUUUCUUGGCAUCCAUCAGGUAAAAACUUAAGAUUCGUUACGGUGCAAAUCUUUGUAAAAUGAAGGUUUUGGUAGGUAUAUUAGUUGCUUUAUGAUUAACCCUUUUGUAAAUGAAGAAGAGGGCUGUUCAAGAACAAGUACCCUCUCUGUAUUUCGUUCGUGUAUCCCUAUAAAACAAGGUUCUUCUAUGUUGAUGUUUCUUGUACCUUCAUUCAAUUUAAAAUUCAAAGCUCAAACCUCUUUCAUCAA